UCUCCGUGGACGGGAACGCAUGGAUGUAUCCGAGCGCUUCCACAUGACAAAGCUACAGUGCGCGUGGAAACCAGGGACGGAGCACGGGCGUUUUUGGAGAAACUCUCGACAAAACCAUUUCUGCAUCUUCAUCUGCAGCACGUCUCGUUGUCAAACAACUUCAGUGAUCGUUUUCCUGUUUGUUUUCUGUGACUACUGAGACGGACAGCUCUCCCUCUCUUUCUGCGUCUCUCCAAGUGAACUUUAUAGGGAUGUUAUAUCAGAGCAUCACCGUGCUGAAAUCCCAGAUAGUGCUGAACUAAGUGCAGGGCCAUUGUGAAGAGGAAACGACAGGAGAGACUCGGUCCUCCUUUUCUUCUCUUCUUUCUCUUUUGUACGACUACUACUACGACUACUUUUUACUCGUUUUAGUGUGUGUGUGUGUGUGUGUGUGUGUGUGUGUGCAGGAGAGAGCGAGAGAGAGAGAAAGGGAGGGAGAGCGCGCAAGAGAGAGUGAGAGAAGUCGCACCGGUUUGUUGGAGCUACGCUUUCAUGCCGUCAGUCUUGCGGACUCUGAGAUGGACGUCAGAUUUUAUCCAGCUCCCCCUUCAAGCGUGGGUUCAUGUACGUUACCUACUGAUUCCGGUUUGGACUAUUACCACUCCAACAAGAGCAGAUACAGUGCUGCAGAUCGAGGCGUGAGGCUCUACAGUUCCCUGCCCAUGCGCCCAAACCCUGACGGCAAGAGACUGCCAUCUACUGGGUUUGAUGGUGACAACAUGUACAUGAAUGAGAACAACCAUGAGUUCCUCCCGCCAAACCAGAGCUACACAGGUCAGACUGGCGGUGGCGGGGGAGGAGGCGGAGGUGGUGGCACGGCCAGUGGAAAUGGAGCUGGGGACGAAGACUAUGAGAUCCCCCCUAUCACUCCACCUAACCACCCCGAGCCUCCUCUUCUUCACCUGAUGGAGCAUGAUUCUACAGGCUACCUCUGCCACUCACUGCCACACAAUGGGCUCAUCAACCCUUAUUCCUAUCCAGAGCUGCCCACACUCAUGAUGUCUAACAUGCUGGCACAGGACAGCCACCUCGUCUCCAGCCAAAUGCCCUCGAUGCAGGAGAUGGCUUUGCACCACCACCAACAGCAACACCAUCACCACCCAGACGGCUCUCAUUAUGACGCCGCCCGUAACCACCCCCUGAUAAACAACUCACCUCCGAUACUGCCCAACCCCAUGAGUGCACUGACCCAGCUAAACCCUCAGGUCAGCCGGAGUGCACUGCCUCAUGGUUCCCCCUCACCUCCCGGAAGUAAAUCGGCCACACCCUCCCCCUCAAGCUCCAAUCAGGAAGAGGAGACUGAUUCUCAUUCGAAGAUCACUGGCGAGAAGCGCCCUUCUUCAGAGAUGAUGAAGCCCAAGCCCAAACCCCAAAAAAAGAAGAAGAAGAAGGAUCCCAAUGAGCCUACCAAGCCUGUGUCAGCCUACGCCUUGUUCUUCAGAGACACCCAGGCAGCCAUUAAAGGACAGAAUCCAAAUGCCACCUUUGGAGACGUAUCCAAGAUAGUGGCUUCCAUGUGGGAUGGACUGGGAGAGGAACAAAAACAGAGCUACAAGAGGAAAACAGAGGCUGCUAAGAAGGAGUACCUGAAAGCCCUGGCCGCCUACAGAGCCAGUCUGGUUUCCAAGACGUACAAUGAUCCCGUGGAGACAAAAAGUGCCCAAACAAGCCAGGCCUCCCCACAUAUGAUGCCAGCCAACCAGUCCCUGUACAGUGUGCCACCUCCCCCCCAGCCGUCAUCACCCUACCUGGGCCCCGGGGCCUUCCCUCUCGCCGACCUGCAGAGCUACGCAGGACACGCCCCUCGCCACACGCUGUCGCAGACGCUCAGCCAAUCGCAGAUGUUGCCCAGCAUUAGUGCCUCUCCCCCUUCCUCUUUCCAGAUCAGCCCACCCCUUCACCCCCACCAGCAGCUCUCCCUGCACGCUCAGAGCUCGCUCCUCAACCAGCCUAUCCGCAUGCAGCAGGUCCAGUCCCAGCCAAUCAUCUCUCACCAGAUGGGACUGCAGGCCUCCCUUCACUCCCCACCUCCUGGGCAGCAGGGCUUUUCCCACCUCCAGUCAGAGUAUCAGAAGAGCAUUGGGGGUUCCCAGUCUCCAGGAGCCCCUGGCCCUGGUCCAGGCCCUGGAGUGGCUCAGAGCCAUGACUGGGACAGUGAAUACUGCAAUCGGGAGUGUGGCAACCACUGCAGUGGCAGCAUGAUUGGCAGGGACAAGCCACUCUACCUCACCUGAAACUGAAGAUCGCGCUCUGUCGACAAAUACGACACCGAGGAGUCUUCUCUCAACCACACCCCACCCCAUCCCGUCAACCCUCUUCUGAUGCACACACAUACAUACAGUUCCCGCUUACCAUACAGUACAAUUACAUACGCGCACACACACACACACACACACACACACACACUCACAUUCCAGAUGCCACCCCCACCUUUUUUGUCGGUGUAAUUAUUAUUUCUCUCAGUUUCUAGAAGAACUUGUGACCAGAGUUUUUUGACUAGAUGACUGCUGUCUGUACCACUUAAUGUAUUAGCAGUCCUCUUGCUGUUUAAAAUUUGCCAAGCACUUACGAAGCCCACGUCCCCUCCCUCCCUCUUGCUCCCACCCUCCUCUCUGAGUUGUGUUUUCUAGGCCCUCUCUGAUACAGGCCGGGCUGUAGAGCACUCAUCUUCUGUGUCACUAUCAAAGUCCCCUCAGGGACCCCAUCCAGCUUUAAUUAGAAUGAGAAGAAAAAAAAUACUCUUCCUGUUCUUUAAUCAUUUUUUUCUUUGUUGUUGUUGUUGUUGUUGUUGUUACUCUUUUAUUUAAAUCUGGCUUACAAAGUUGUUCCUUUUUUUUAUUAUUUUUUUUUAAUUUUAAUUUUUUUUUUUUUUUUUUGGCAAAAAGCAUUGGGCCCUGUACUGUAGAAAAUAUUAACUUUAGUAGGUUCAGCACAGGCUUAGAUGUUAUGGUAGCUUUGCUUAAGGGCCUGCAAAUUAAUACAAAAAGCUUGGAUUGGGAAGAGAACUAAAAGAAAAAAGUCUCUUUUUUUAAUAUUAAAGACCUGUUGAGGUCUACUGAGCUGUCACAGUGUGAUUGUAAAUAUCACUUUUAUGAGAUCAAAUUGGGAAUUGGAAGUCCAGAUAGAUUUGUUUCUUCUUUAAUAUUACAUGUAAGUCAUUGUGUGUGUGUGUGUGUGUGUGCGUGCGCGCAUGCACCUGUGUGUGUGUGUGAGUGUGUCUGGACGUUAGAAUGUACCCCAUUCAUGAUGUGUGCAGUUGAGUGUGUAUGUGAAGGGACACACACUUGCGUGCAAGAGUGUUUCAGUGUUCGAGUGUUGAGUCUUUCUCGUGAAUUUUAACAGCCUUGUGCAGCUGGAUUUCAGAGGAGUAUUUCACACUCUCGUUCUUGCAUUAAAUCUGUGCUCACUGGUGUGUUUUUUUCCAAUAAAGUUCAAUCUAAAACUGAAUACACAAUAUGUGUCCUGCAGAUCAUUAAAUGGAAAGAGCCAGGUGAGAGAUAGAAAGGAAAGAGAUAGAAAGAGAGAAAGAAACGCUGUGAGAUAAAAUCAGAUAUGGGAAUAAAAAGAUGAUAUUGCCUCAAAAUGCCCCCCCCCCCCCUCCCCCUUUCUUAUUUUGUCUGACCAUAAUGUCAAUUUUGUCUCCUCGACAUGCAGAAGUGAAGUAAUGAAAUAUGUGAAUGGAGCCAUCACAUCCACAUUACAGUGAUUUUUAUAAGUUUCUAGUUGGUGUUUGGUUGUGUUUAUCUCAUCUUUUUAACUUUUUGUGUGAUUAACAGAAAUGCAUUUUGCUGACAGACAUCUGUAUUUAUCUCUUUACUGUAGCAUAAUUUCAGUUUUUGUUGUUACAGAACUAUAACAUUUUAAAUUGUGUAAAAAAAAAAAAAACCUGCCAAUUGUAGUUAUUUUAUUUG